CGGACCACUUGGUUCCGAUCUCUGCUGUCGUGGUUUUCUGCCACCAGGGGGAUGUGAAAUCUCCCGUUUCUUUUUAGUCGAUGGUGCGUUCGUGCUACGUUUCCUAGGAAAUGACGAGCAAAGCGAAAACUCCUAAGACGAAAGAAGGUGCUGCUGCGGAAGAUGCACCGGUGGUCUUGAAAAAGAGGCCCUUUAAGAGACACGGGCGUCUUUAUGCAAAAGCAAUCUUCACCGGUUACAAACGAGGGUUACGCAAUCAACAUGAACAUACGGCACUGCUCAAAAUUGAAGGAGCUAGGACAAAAACAGAUUCUGAUUUUUAUAUCGGAAAACGAUGUGUCUAUGUAUAUAAGGCAAAAAAUAGAACUCCAGUACCAGGAAAGAAAACUUCAAAGAAAACAAAAGUUAGAGCCAUCUGGGGUAAAGUUACUCGACCUCAUGGAGCAAGUGGGUCAGUGAGAGCUAAAUUUAAAAGAAAUUUGCCAGCUAAGGCUAUGGGACACCGUAUAAGAAUAAUGCUCUAUCCCAGUCGGAUUUAAAUUUUAUUUCUGUAUAAUAUAAUAAAAUACCAUUUUUGGUACUAAAAUCUCAAA